AUGAGAGAACAAUACUGUAGUCUAGGGGUCAAAUGUAGUUGUAUAGAAGAAUACUGUGACAACAGAGAAAUGUACUGUGGCAACAGAGAAAUGUACUGUAGCAAGAGAGACAAAUACUGUGGCAACAGAGAAAUGUACUGUAGCAAGAGAGACAAAUACUGUGGCAAUAGAGAAAUGUACUGUAGCAAGAGAGACAAAUACUGUGGCAAUAGAGAAAUGUACUGUAGCAAGAGAGACAAAUACUGUGGCAAUAGAGAAAUGUACUGUAGCAACAGAGACAAAUACUGUGGCAACAGAAAAAUGUACUGUAGCAAGAGAGACAAAUACUGUGGCAACAGAGAAAUGUACUGUAGCAAGAGAGACAAAUACUGUGGCAAUAGAGAAAUGUACUGUAGCAAGAGAGACAAAUACUGUGUCAAUAGAGAAAUGUACUGUAGCAAAAGAGACAAAUACUGUGGCAAUAGAGAAAUGUACUGUAGCAAGAGAGACAAAUACUGUGGCAAUAGAGAAAUGUACUGUAGCAAGAGAGACAAAUACUGUGGCAAUAGAGAAUAA